CUUCCUCCUCGGCUGGGCUGCUCCUCCUGACGGGGCUGGCUGGGCUGCUGGCGGGGGAGACGAGCCUCCACACUCGGACACCUUUUCCACCCACGAAAAGCCGACAGCACCGAAAGCCACCCUGCCACCAUUUUCGACCAGCACCCGCCCCCUCCUUUUCUCCCUCUCUCUCGACUUGACCAGCGUUGCCAUUAAGCGAUGCGCUUCGACGACCACCGAGAGACCACCUUUUGGGCUCGCUCCCCCCACAUUCCGGGUGUUGACACUCGCUUUUGCGCGGGUACGGCGACGACGGCUCACUGAACCAAAAGCUGUCAACUUGGACUCUCUUGUUUCAUGCUCGAUGCGUUUGGGAAUAAAAACACGCGAGAAUGGUGUGGGAAGGGACCGCCUCUCCAGACACCUAAUAUUACCAAGACUUAGCUACAUAUUUGGCUUUUUUUGAAAGAAGAGGAAAAAAGGCAACGCAUUGACGAGGAGUCGCUGGGACUCUGACCACCACCAAGCACUUGAGCUCUGCUAAGUUUGGACACGCUUUGAAGAUUUAGGUGGAAACAGGACAAAAGAUUUACUGCAUACAGGCAGGCAGGAGUGUCUCAAGAGUGAUUUGGUCGAGGAUUCAAGGUGCAGUCAUGCUUUCCCUGGAUGAGCCGCUGGACCUGAAGCUGCCUCGGCGAAGCAACGGACGGGACCGGGGCUCGCCGGUCAUCCCGAAGCGGGCUCGCCAUCUCCGCAUGACGGAUGACGGCACGGCGGUCAUCGAUCCCGCCUCCCCGGCCUCCCCGCACGCAGGUAUGCAGGUCCCCCAUGACCGGACGGAUACCCCGACACCCCCUGCGGUGGAUCUGAGCAUGUCUCCGUCCUCUCUUCGUCACACACCUACUUCGCCUGAGAUGACCAAUGGCAACUACGCUCCUGCAGUGAAUUCCCAGCUCUCGCAAGCCUUUCAGUUUUUUGUGCCAAUCGGAGGAGGGGCGGGACUUCACCUGCCGUCUUCCAUGUUCAUUGGCCAGAUGAGUGACAAAAGGGCAUCCCCAGACCUCUCAUCAGAUGAGCAGCUGGCUUGCCGCUGGAAGAAGUGCCACCUGCUGUUUGACUCGCUUCAAGACCUGGUGGACCAUGUGAACGACUUUCAUGUUAAACCAGAGAAGGAGACAGGUUACUGCUGCCACUGGGAAGGCUGCGCUCGAAAAGGGAGGGGGUUCAAUGCCAGGUACAAGAUGCUCAUUCACAUCCGCACGCACACCAAUGAGAAGCCUCAUCGCUGUCCCACUUGCAACAAGAGCUUUUCACGCCUAGAAAACCUCAAGAUACACAACCGCUCACACACAGGUGAAAAGCCCUACAUAUGUCCGUAUGAGGGCUGCAACAAGCGCUACUCCAACUCAAGCGACCGCUUCAAACAUACGCGUACGCACUAUGUUGACAAGCCCUACUACUGCAAGAUGGUGGGCUGCCUGAAGCGCUACACAGAUCCCAGUUCUCUACGCAAGCACAUCAAGGCCCACGGCCAUUUUGUGGCUCAGGAGCAGGGUUCGCCGGGUGGAGUGGGGUCCUUGCUGAAGGGAAGUCAAUGUGGGGGAUUGGCUAGCGGCGGGGGGAAGGAUUCGGAAAUGUCCUACGUGAGCGGGGCUCACAUUAUCAUCCCGGGGACGGGGACCGCUCUCUUGGGCGCCCAUGCUCUUCAGGGCCUGGGUGGAUCCCUUCCCUUGUCCCCUCUCAGUCCUCGGCCCCUGGACCUCAGCACGUUGGGUUGCCCCAACUCCCCUUCGGGCAGCUUGGGAGGGGCUCCCAUCCUAUCGUUCAACGGCUUGGCUAAAUCGCCCCUGCUCUCUACGGCAUUCGCCUCCUCAACCCUAGGCGUGCCGGUGGUGCCCGUGCUUAGUUCAACCGCCGAGCAUAGGGCCCCGAGCCUGCAGGCGAAGAAGGGUCGAAGGGAGGAGGCUGAGAACGAGGUGACCGGGGGGGUGCUUAACCUUUCCACAGGAGGGUCUCAUGAUCCCAUGUCCUGGGUGGUCAUCCCCCCAGGCACUUUGGUGUUCAAGCCAGCUGUGGUCAACUGAUACACACAUACACAUUCCAGAAGAGCUCAGGGGGUCGGGAUGGGAGGGUGAACGUACAGCCGGUCGAGGGUAGCGAAUCGGCUCACACAAUAGCUUCAAAGAGGGUAGAAAAUACAACAAUACAGAGACUUAGACGACACGUUUUAUGAGAGUUGUAGAACGCAGGCCUCUCUUGCAGUAGAGGGGCUCAAGAUUAUUUGUACUACGCAGCCUGACGAGGCCCUCACGUUUCUUAUUUGAUACUUUUUUUCAUUCCUUGUUUGUUGGUUCUGUGGACGGAGCCCUUGAACGUGACAGUCUUACUAAAGUCCUUCCAUGUUUUUUUCCAGUAUUUAUAAAAGAUUAUCGAACACGUGCCUCUAGCCGAACAGUGAGAUAGACGAACCCCGCGACGAAACACGAUGACGCACUCAACUGGGCAAAUGUGCACAAUUUUUUUUUCUGUCCCUAAAUGUUUAACUUCCAGGCUUUUGUGUUUCACGCGAUUCAGACAUGCUUGCUAGACCAAAGCAAGUGAACGUAAAGCGUCUUAAAAGGUUCAGUUAUACACAGCACUUAACUGGUUAUAGUUAUGAAACCUCAAAACUGCUGCUAACUUUUAUGUGUAACUAGAAGCUACAGGUAGUCCCCGGGUUACGAUACACUCGACCUACACGAUUUCGACUUUACGACGCCGUCUCGUCUGCCAUUUUGUCUCCAGGCAUUUUGUUUUAGUCGCACAAAACGUACUUAAUUGUAUAUGACAGUAUCUUAUUUUGUACUAGAUUAACAUGACUUUUUCUGUCCUCACUAAAUGUGAAGUUGUUCAGCUUGACAGCAAAGCAAUUGAGCUUUUUGAACUUUUUACUUCCUUCACUUUUGACCAGUUGUGAAGCUGUAACACACAUACAGUGAUCCCUCGCAACUUCGCGUUUCAAACUUCGCGCUCGAAGUCCAUCGCGGAUAUUUUUCAAUAAAAAUAAAUAAAUAAAUACAGUAUUUUAUUUAAAAAUGUUAAUAUAUAUGCGUGUAUACAUGUACAAAUCAAUAGUUUCUUUAAUAUACCAGUAUAUUAGGACUGCAGCUGUAGAUUAUUUUAGAAGUCGAUUAAUCGAUGAAAUAGUUCAAAAAAUUGAGUAAUCGGAAAAGGAUCAUAAAAAAUUAAAAUACCUGAGCUGAGCCUCAAAUGGUAUAAAAAAUGAGGAUGUAAGUACAACAAAAGAACAAUUGGCUAACUUACAUGGCAAAAGUCCGCUAGUUUAAAUGCUAUCAAAUGCUAACAUAUAUAUAUAUGUUUAUAUUAGGGCUGUCAAAUGAUUACAAUUUUUAAUCGAGUUAAUUACAGCUUAAAAAUUAAUUAAUCGUAAUUAAUCGCAAUUCGAACCAUCUAUAAAAUAUGCCAUAUUUUUCUGUAAAUUAUUGUUGGAAUGGAAAGAUAAGACAAGACGGAUGUAUACAUUCAACAUAUGGUACAUAAGUACUGUAUUUGUUUAUUAUAACAAUAAAUCAAGAUGGCUUUAAACAUUAUCAACAUUCUCUUAAAGCGAUCCAUGGAUAGAAAGACCCUUAGUUCUUAAAAGAUAAAUGUUAGUACAAGUUUUAGAAAUUUUAUGUUAAAACCCCUCUUAAUGUUUUUGUUUUAUUAAAAUUUGUAAAAAUUUCAAUCAAAAAAUAAACUAGUAGCUCGCCAUUGUUGAUGUCAAUAACUACACCAUGCUCACUCAUGGUACCAACCCAUAAAAUCAGUCGCACCCAAGCGCCAGCAGAGGGCGCCAAACGCCCAAAAACAAGUGGACAUUACACUGUACUGUCAUUUUAAUCUGUUUGAGCGGGGCAUGUGCGUUAAUUGCGUCAAAUAUUUUAACAUGAUUAAUUUAAAAAAUUAAUUACCGCCCGUUAACGCAAUAAUUUUGACAGCCCUAGUUUGUAUAUGUUUUUUUUUUUUUUUUUUUUUUUACAAUGCUCUUAACAAAUGGUUCAAACACAUAGUCCCACAAAAAACGGCUAAAUAUACCUAUAAACUAAAUUACGAAUGCAUUAAAAAAAGUUUUAAAAGUUCAAACAAAAACUUGGCGUAUGUCGGUCUUAACAGGGAGCAGCUGGAUUCAGCCAUGUGAAAUGAGUUAUACCAUAUUCACUGUUGCCACUAGAGGGCAGUGUAUCCACCCAAAUCAAUAAAACUAAAUGCAAACCCUUUCAAAACAAACCAUUACAACGCCACUUUAAUUAAAUGAAUACUUAAAGCAGCAAAAAUGAAUCUUUUUUUUAAUCAAAUUACUCGAGUUAAUUGAUUAAUCGUUGCAGCACUAAUAUAUCUCAUUUAUAUCAUGAUUAUUACACUUGCAGUGCUUAAAAAAAAACAUUUAUAAAAAUAUACAUACAAUGUUUUUUGGGUUUUUUUUUCAUUAUAAUGCUUUGAGGGAAAAAAUGGGAAAAACAUGUCUUAUAUGUAUCUCUUUCCAAUGCUGUUAAAUCUGAAUUUUAU